UACAUAUAAUACAAUACAAUAUUAUAUAAAGUCUAUAUAUGAUAUACAAAAGACAUUGAAUUGAAUUAUCCCAACAAUUUAUUGCGUGUGUGGAAGAGAAGAGAAAGAGAAGAGAGGAGAGAGCCCUGGUGAGGUGAGCUGUGCUGAAUAGAAAGGAAGAGCUCUGACAUAGAGAGAGAUGAGUUGUGAUCUUCUCUCCUUUGAUGGGGCUGUCCUUGCUAUUGUGAUUUACAGAUAAGAGUGAGGAGAUUUCCCCCUUCAUCUUCGGCAACUACCGCGAGUCACCGACGCGGCUUCGAAAAUGGUCUCUGUAAGCUGAGCUGAAGGAUCCUCACUGAAACCGAGCAUAGUGCGGGGUUUUAAGGUUUCGUCCUAAGGCACAAAUCUAUACGCUCUGCCUGGGAAAAUGUUUGGUGACUGCCAGGUUAUGUCGUCCAUGGGUGGGAGUGGGAUCUCCUCCGACUCCCUCUUCUCCUCGCCGAUCCGAAACCCUAACUUCGACUUCAUGGCAAGCCUUCCCUUCAACGCCUUUGCUCCUGUCAUUCCCAAGGAAGAGAAUGGAGUGAUGAGAUCCGGGAAGGAAGAGAUGGAGAGCGGCGGUUCUGGGAGUGAGCUCCACUUAGAUGAGAAGUCGGUGAAUGAGAUUCAAGAGGGCGGUGACCCUCAGCUUCCUAAUGCCAAGAAGAAACGCUACCACCGGCACACUGCCCGUCAGAUCCAAGAAAUGGAAGCUUUGUUCAAAGAGUGUCCACACCCGGAUGAUAAGCAGAGGAUGAGGUUGAGCCAAGAACUCGGACUCAAACCCCGACAGGUCAAGUUCUGGUUCCAAAAUCGCCGGACCCAAAUGAAGGCGCAACAAGACCGAGCCGAAAAUGUGAUGCUGAGAGCGGAAAACGAGAACCUCAAAAAUGAGAAUUACCGGCUGCAAGCGGCUCUGCGGAAUGUCAUCUGCCCAAAUUGUGGAGGUCCAGCCAUGCUCGGUGAGAUGGGUUUCGAUGAACAGCAACUUCGCAUCGACAAUGCCCGACUCAAGGAGGAGCUAGAGCGAGUAUGCUGCAUAGCAUCCCGAUACGGCGGACCACAGGUCCAAGCAAUGCUAACAGGCGGUGCCCCUUCCCUUCUCCCGCCUUCAUUGGACUUGGACAUGAACAUCUACUCAUCAAGGCAAAACUUCCCUCAAGACCCCUCCAUGGUGACGACUUGCUCCGAGCUCAUGCCCACGAUCCCAAUCCUGGCCACUGAUGGACAGCCCCCUGCAGCCAACGUGCCCGAGGGUGGCGGCAGCCUUGUCCUUGUGGAGGAGGAGAAAUAUGGUCUUGCACUCGACCUCGCUCUUUCAUCAAUGGAUGAGCUUGUCAAGAUGUGUCACUUGACAGAACCCCUCUGGCUCAGGAGCGGUGAUAAGUAUGGCGCUACGAAGGAGGUGCUUGACUAUGAGGAGCACGCAAGAUUUUUCCCCUACCACUACAGUAAGUUGUGUUCAGCCGAGUUUGGGAUCAAGGAGGCAAGUCGUGAUAGCGCUGUGAUUAUCAUGAAUAGCAUCACUCUUGUCGAUGCCUUCCUCGAUGCUAACAAAUGGAUGGAGCUGUUCCCUUCCAUAGUUUCUAGGGCAAAAACUAUCCAAGUUAUUGCAUCGGGCAUUUCUGGUCAUGCGAGCGGUUCUCUUCACCUGAUGUAUGCAGAAUUGCAAGUGCUCUCUCCUCUCGUGCCUACUCGGGAGACAUAUUUCCUCCGAAACUGCCAGCAGAAUGUGGAGGAGGGAACAUGGGCAAUUGUGGAUUUUCCCAUCGACAGCUUCCAUGAAAACCUACCACCGUCCUUUCCAAGGUACAGGAGAAGGCCUUCCGGAUGUGUCAUUCAAGACAUGCCCAAUGGAUACUCCAGGGUUACCUGGGUAGAGCAUGGCGAAAUCGAGGAGAAGCCUGUUCAUCCGAUUUUUGGUCAAUUUGUAUGUACUGAGAUGGCAUUCGGAGCUCAGCGAUGGCUUGCUGUUUUACAGAGACAGUGUGAGCGUGUUGCAAGCCUCAUGGCCCGUAACAUAUCAGAUCUUGGAGUGAUACCUUCACCUGAAGCACGGAGGAACCUGAUGAGGCUCUCUCAGAGAAUGAUAAGGACAUUCUGCAUAAAUAUAAGCACUUCCGGGGGUCAAUCCUGGACGGCUAUAUCGGACUCUGGUGAUGACACUGUGAGAGUCACAACCCGGAAAAUAACAGAGCCAGGGCAGCCCAAUGGGGUGGUUCUCGCAGCUGUGUCCUCUACUUGGCUUCCAUACCCUCACUACCAAGUCUUUGAUCUCCUCAAGGACGAGCGCCGCCGAUCUCAGCUUGACGUGCUUUCCAAUGGGAAUUCUUUGCAUGAGGUUGCUCACAUAGCUAACGGCUCUCAUCCCGGGAAUUGCAUUUCUCUCCUCCGCAUCAAUGUGGCAAGCAAUUCAUCCCAGCAUGUAGAGCUGAUGCUGCAGGAGAGCUGCACGGACCACUCAGGCAGCCUCGUGGUCUACUCCACUAUUGAUGUCGACUCGGUCCAGCUCGCAAUGAACGGCGAGGAUCCUUCCUGCAUUCCUCUACUCCCUAUUGGCUUCUCCAUCGUCCCUGCGGUCUGUCCUGGCCCCACUUCCGGCAAAGAUGGCUCUGUUCCACCUCCACCUGAGGGCGGAGACAGCCCCAUCUCUGGCUGCCUCUUGACAGUGGGCCUCCAGGUUCUGGCCAGCACUGUCCCAACUGCCAAGCUCAACCUAUCAAGCAUCACUGCUAUCAACACCCAUAUCUGCAACACCGUGCACCAGAUCAGCUCUGCGCUGUGCAAUGGUAGUUUGAACUGCCCGACUGACCAUGUGGGUCCCUUGGUGGGGCUGUGCAGCGAGCUGUCAGGCUCGCCUGGGAAGUAGGUAUCAAAUAGUUGCGGUCUCCGAAUUACCCUGAAUCUCCCUUCAUCUAUCCGCAGCAACAUCAAAUUAGGGUUCCAUGCAAGAAGUGCUUUCCAAGUAAACUCGACGAAGGAUUUCCUGAAAGAAGUGCUGGGAGUGCGAAGAGGGGGGAGGUUGUGGGUAAUUCGGAGGGCAGCUAAAGGGCCUGAAGCAAGCCCUAGUUAAUAAAAACCUAGUAGGCGACUACAAAUAGUAGCAUAUGCACAUCGAGGACACAAUGUUGGUAAUGUAUGUAGGUAAUUAAGUAAUCAGGUAGGUAUAUAGUAGCGAGAAGCUCAAGGACGCGAACUCUAUUCCGUCUUAUAUGUCUGUGUUUUUUCGGGAUUUCCGUGACCGGGUCCUCUCUGAUAGCUCAUGAGCCGUUCGAUCUUGUUAUGUUGCAUUAACACAUGUCAGUCGACAACCCGUAUUGAACGGCUCAUGAGCAAUCUGGGAUGGUGCCAGCACCGAAUUCCGGAAAGUGUCCUUUUGUUUAUUUAAGUUAUGUUAUUGUAAGGGGGCGUAUAUGAGAAGGAAAAGGGACAGAGUUGGGUGUGUGGGGUGGGGGGUCAGAGGGAGUCAAGAGCGCACCAGACAGUACCCUUCAUAUCUAUUUUGCGGGGGGGUGUCUCCGCAAGGCUGUGAAUUGAAGAGGGACUGAAUUGGAUUAGAAUUAAAUUUGGGGGGCACAAUGAUGAAGAAAGGGCAAGUGUUGGGGUUUAAAACUUUAAAUGCUCUGCGGAGUGGGGCCCUGGCGGUCAGCGAGGGGUGGUGGUUCGGGUAUUGACUCCUGUCGGCCCAAUUUCUCUUUUCGAUCAAUUUAAUGCUACUCUCUCAUUUCUAUCUCUC